AUGAUCCCCCCAAUCCUCCGGCGGCUGCUCACGACGCCGCUGGGCAUCAUCCUCGUCGUACUCUCAACCCUCAGCCUAAUCUCCAUGAUAGCAUUACACGGACCCACGCGCGACAAGCUCGUCUUGUCCCUCCCCGACAGCUGGCUGCUCUUCGAGUCCAAUCUACUGGACGCGCCGCUGCCCAUGGCCUACGACGCCUACUUUCCCGACAAGCAACUACCGCGGUCCCUUCGGCGGCGCGAGUUGGCGCCGCUGACUGACCGCCUUGUCAAGUUCCUGCAUCGCCCAGCGCUCAACUACGACGAGGCGGUCGGGGCGAACCACGCCGCAUGCCCGCUCCACGUCCUCGCGCAGCUGACGAGCCCGCAACAACUGGAAGACCACCGCGGCUUCUGGAACGCGAUUGAUUCAAACCAGAUUGCACACCGCCGCGCCGAGCUCGUCUCCUUCCUCGCCAAGAACGCCAAGACGGGCAGGAAAGUGCUCGGCACCACAAUAAAGGGCCCAAUCACGCGCGGUAUUGUUCUCACCGCCGGGAACGGUGAUACGGUGCUCCGCGUCGUUAUGUUGCUCAAGCACCUCAAGAGAAUUGGGAACACUUUGCCUGUCGAAGUCGUGCAUUUCCCCGACGAGCUCAAUGAUCGCAAGUACCGCCGCCAGCUGCAAGAUCUCGGCGCAAAACUCAUCAAGGUGCGGGGGGUUGUCAAGACACCUGGGAUGUGGAAGAAUUACCAGAUCAAGGCCAUGGCCAUGAUCCAGACCUCGUUCACCGAGAUGGUGUACCUCGACAGUGACAAUGUUCCCCUCCGGACACUUGAGCACCUCUUCGAUGCACCGCUCUAUGUCGAGAAUGGACGGGCGGCGUUCUGGCCCGAUAUCAAGAAGGACCACGCGGAUAAUGCCAUCUGGCGCAUCGUGGGCGAUACAUGUACCCUCAAAGAGUGGACUUUUGAGAGCGGGCAGAUCGUGUUCGACAAGCGGGGCAACGACGGAAACAAUCUCGCGGCACUCUGGAUCGCCGCGGCCAUGCUGGACAAGAACGACUUCUGGUACGGUCUCUGCGGAGGCGACAAGGACACGUACCGCUGGGCCUUCCGCAUGCUUGAUAUUCCCUAUGCCCCGGCUCCGCGAUGGGUUUCGGCGCUGGGCAUCCAGAACGAGUUUGACAAUAACAAGUUCUGUGGACAGUACGUUUUCCCCUCUACAUUGGCUAACGAAAGUACAAUGCUACAAUACGACCUUGUUACGCCAGAAGGAGCGGACCGACCACAAGCCCUCUUUGUACACGCCAACCUCCUCAAACACCUUGAUGGGCGGCUCGAGCGCGGCAAGGUCUUCUCCUACGUCAAGCAUAUGGCGCUCGAUGCUUAUGAUGAGGAGACGCUCAACCAUGUCUUCUUCUAUGUUUAUCAUGGUAAGGAGAGGGGAAUGUGUACCGACAUGUUUUUGCAUGAUGAAGCGGCCAGUUUGAUGGAUGCGGACAAGCUUGCGGUACAAAGACCGGUCGUCGUUUCGGCCAAGGAUGUGCCGGAGCUCGAAGGGUUCGAGGACGCCUGGUGGGAGGCCGGGGGACGGGUUGGAGGUUGGUAG